AUGGCUUCCUCAUCUGGCAACGAUGAUGAUCUCACUAUACCCAGAGCUGCUAUCAAUAAGAUGAUCAAAGAGACUCUCCCCAAUGUCCGGGUGGCCAACGAUGCCCGGGAGCUGGUGGUGAACUGCUGCACUGAAUUCAUUCACCUUAUAUCUUCUGAAGCCAAUGAGAUUUGCAACAAAUCGGAAAAGAAAACCAUCUCGCCAGAGCACGUCAUACAAGCACUAGAAAGUUUAGGCUUUGGCUCUUAUAUCAGUGAAGUAAAAGAAGUCUUACAAGAAUGCAAGACAGUAGCAUUAAAAAGAAGAAAGGCCAGUUCUCGUUUGGAAAAUCUUGGCAUUCCUGAAGAAGAAUUAUUGAGACAGCAACAGGAAUUAUUUGCAAAAGCUAGACAGCAACAAGCGGAAUUGGCCCAACAGGAAUGGCUUCAAAUGCAGCAAGCUGCCCAACAAGCACAGCUUGCUGCUGCAUCAGCAAGUGCAUCCAACCAGGCAGGAUCUUCUCAGGAUGAAGAAGAUGAUGAUGAUAUCUGAAAUUCACCAGCUGAGUUUCUAUUUCCUUUAAAAUGUUUUUCCCUACACAAGAAAACAGUGAAAAAAAAGCUUAUCUGUAAUUUUGCAUCUUGGUGGACUUGCCAUUGGUAUUCUAGGGAUAUCUGCUGUUAAGUUUCAUCUGUUGUGUGCUAUUCAUGUAAAAUCUGUCUCUUUGAACUGUUGAAAAUUUAAGGUUCAGUAUAAUAUCAAUUUUGAAUUUUUAAUGGUGUUUAUGAAAUUUUAGAUAGCAGUGAGUCUGUUUGAUCAAUAAACAGUGUUACAGAAAACUUGAAGUUUAUAAAAAUACAGUGAAAUUUAUACAGAAGCUCUAAAUCUUGAUUUGCAUUUCCUCUGCCCUUUUAACUAAACUAAAAAUUGGGAAUUUUAAAUUAUUGGGGGGAGGUGCUGUGUGAUAUAGUAGACAUUAGAUCAGGUUGGUGAAAAAGCUCAAUUUUGCAGUAUUUGGAUUGUCUUUUAAAAUGAGUAUAUGUAUACAGGCAAUAAACAUACAUGCUCAGAUAAAUAUACUUGUUUAAAAAGAUCUCAAAACAAGGCAUUCAAAAAUUAGGAAGGAGUAUGUUCAAUAGUAGUUGUAAAAUUUGGUAGGUUAUGUUUUCAAUUUUGUUUUUAUUUUAUGUAGAGCUAAAAACUUGUUUUAUUAUAGCAUAAUUCAUCUUUAGCUACACUAUUACAUUUCAAAGACUGCCCAGUUUUGAGGACUGUCAUGAUUCUUAGUAUUUCACUCCAGUAAUCAUUAAUAAUAUUACUUGCUUAGUCCAUCUUGUGAAACAGUUGCUUAGGUUGCAUUGGUUGGUUCACGAAUAUUAAGACCUUUCCUAGGGGAAAGAAAUGACAGUUAAUGAGCAUGCUUGUUAUAAGAGGGGAUUCUUUUUGUAAUUUAACUUGUAGUUAUAGUUUCCUUGUUGUUUGUUUUUAGCAUUCCUUUUACAGUUUCUUGACUAGAUGGCCUAGAAUGUCCAAUACUUCCUUUGAAAUGGCAUCAUUAUCUCCAUCAUAAUUGAGUGAUAGCUUUAAAAAAUGUUUUGUUUAAGAAAAUGUGUCAUAAUUGAUUAGCCCUAUAUGAAACAUAAAUAAUUUUAACCUGCUUAUUAAAAGGGAAAAGCUUUAAUUUGGUUCUAAUAAGUAAAGUAUGAUAGUGAUUUUUAUAGGAAUCCAGUGUUUUGAAGAACUGGCCUAUUGUGUUUAUAUUUUGAAAACAAAAUGGAAAAGCCACUUAAAAUAGUAUGAAGUAAUCUAAAUUACUAUGUCAGUUGCCAAAUCAUUUAAAUUUGUGUAUUCACCAGGUCUAAAGAUAGAUUGUGGCUGCUAGAAUUCCAGUUUUAAUUGAAGAGCUAAAUAAGUCAAAUGUACAAGUAUUAGAUUUCUUAAUGAUCAUAUUUUGCAGUUUUAGAAAAAGUGAAAUAUUGUUACACAUUUAUUAAAUACACUUCUUCCAUGCCACAAAUAGGUUAAUCCUGCUGAAUGUUUUGAGUUAAAGUUGAUACUGUAUCCAUGAGUGCGUUUGAACAAGAUAGAAGGGAUUGUUUUUUUAAAAGUUUAAGUACCAAAGGUAGUCUAGUCUAAGAAAUAUAAGUUAAUAAGUGUUGGCUUUUCUAAUUUGUACUGUAACAUCCUUAUACUUUUUAUUUUAAGUAUAUCUGUUUCUUAGGAAAAAACGUAGAUAUUUUCCAGACCUUUUUUUUGAUGCAGAGUUCAGGUUAAUUAAUAUUUUACUGCAUCUGAUAAUGUAUUAUAUGUUCAAAUCCUAGUGACUUUCAUUUUGACAUUCUUGUGAUUUUCAUAUGCUGUAUUCUUCAAGCAAUAAAAUCUGAUGUGUUUUAUAAA